AUGGAGUCCUCACCAUCUCAGCAGACUCAGCCUCCCGAUCCGACUCCCCCCCGGAGAGAGCAAUACCUCUUCCUCCUGGAGUUCUUCAUCCACAGGAUCGACAGCGAGAGACUGGGGAGGUUUAACGAGAUGUUUUACGUCCCAACAACGGUAACUCUGAAUUUCCUGAACCUGCAGGACGACUCGAUCGAGAUAACCCCAGUGGAUCCCAUGUUCGAGCCCCUCUCCGGCAUCCCGGGGGACUCCGAGAGCUUCUUCUCGGGUAGAUCAAUCCUCUUCGCGAUCCCCGAGAAACUGGUGACAACAAUAUCAACUGAACUCAAGAUAAGCCUGAAAGUCCAGAAGAAGAUGCCCGAAGAGAUUCGCCCGGACAUUCUGGUGGGCACAGGAGAGCUGGACAUGUCGGCGGAGUUUGCCGGACUCCGAAAGGAGAUUCUCCAGUGCUGGCACAGGGAUGUCCCUCCGCCGAAGUCAUACGAAGGGCCUGUGGAAUUGUUCUACGAAGAGGAACCCUCGGGGACGGUUUCAGUCCUAGUCAGAAUCUCUGGGUUUGGCCAGUCUAUUGUCACUGAGUUCGACUCCCCGCCUGAAGAGACAGCAACGUCAUUCGUCUUCAGGGGAGACGAACGUGAUGACAAGACCCUUUCCUACAAAUGUAGGAUCAUUAAUCCGAGUGAGAUGAAUGUCUGCGAAGAGUCGGAGGACGAUGCUGGAGAGUGUGGGGUCUGUUUACCGAAGAAGACUUGGUGCAUGCCGUGUGGACAACCGGAUUCUGCGAGGAUCAAUGCGACUGAAAAAUGUUACCGACAAGGAUCUGAAAAUCAGGACCCCUCAAAAGCAUUGAGGAUGGAGCCCAAAGGAAUGAUAACUUCGAGCAGGGGGAGUCCCAUGCCCUGUGGGAAAGCGGUUGUUCUCAAGGUCUCUGGACUACUUGAUUACGAUGGGCAGAAGAAACCAACGGUCACUGUGGAGUCUGAGUCAUCUGAACCUGAUCCUGAGCACGAUGUGUUUGUCCUCAGGAUUGGAAAAAAGGGAUUAGUGGGGGCUAACGAGAAAUCCGAUCUCCAGUUAGAGAUGAGAACUCCGAAAGGCCCGGAGAGACGCCCACCAAUUCGAUAUGAGACGAGAGAGGCUCAAACGGAAGUGGAGACUAAAGAAGUUAAGAAGAAGGGAAAGGCAAAGGGCAAGGGCAAGGGCAAGAAGAAGAAAUGAGGAAAUUUGGAGCAAAAAAGGUCGGAAACCUUUGCGAUGUUUAUUUGUUAUCUGA